ACCUGGCGGCCCUGGCUCCCCGCCCCGACGCCCGGCGCAGCGCCCGCAGCCGCAGCGGGAGCCCCGGGGACGGCGGCGCGGGAGCCGGCACCCUCCGCUGCAGGGGCGGCGACGGCGGCAGGAGCGACGGCGGGAGGCGAGCCGAGGCGCCAUGGCCGAGUUCCCGUCCAAAGUGAGCACGCGGACCAGCAGCCCCGCGCAGGGCGCCGGCGCCUCCGUCUCGGCGCUGCGCCCGGACCUGGGCUUCGUGCGCUCCAGCCUCGGCGCGCUCAUGCUGCUGCAGCUGGUGCUGGGGCUGCUGGUGUGGGCCCUGAUCGCCGACACCCCGCACCACCUGUACCCCGCCUACGGCUGGGUGAUGUUCGUCGCUCUCUUCCUCUGGCUGGUGACAAUCAUCUUCUUCGUCAUCUACCUGUUUCAGCUGUACAUGAAGCUGUACAUGGUGCCCUGGCCGCUGGUGUUAAUGAUCUUUAAUGUGGGCGCCACCGUCCUCUACAUCACCGCCUUCAUCACCUGCUCUGCGGCAGUUGAGCUGACAUCCCUGAAGGGCACACGACAGUACAACCAGCGUGCGGCCGCCUCGUUCUUUGCGUGUCUGGUGAUGAUUGCCUACGGCGUGAGCGCCUUCUUCAGUUUCCAGGCCUGGCGAGGAGUGGGCAGCAACGCGGCCACCAGCCAGAUGGCCGGCGGCUAUGCCUAAAACCACCUGCGCCGUGGCCCACCCUGGGGCUGAAGCUGUCGCAGGGUCACAGUGCAGGGUCACCCCGCAAGCCUGAGGCUGGGGAGCCCCGAGAGGAGUCAGCCCGGAGGGAUGAUACUUUCCCGCCUCCGCUCAUCAGACUCAGCUCUCACCGUGCUCCUAAGGAAACAGGCCCACGUUGGCACACGCACGGGCUGGCAAGAGGCCAACGCCUGAGACCUCGUCCCCAGCCCCCUUAUUCAGUGGAAGGUGACGGGGGAUCCGGGGCCACUGUCUGCCUUGUUUUUAGAGGACUUCAGCGUCCGAGGCUGGGGCCAGCCCUUCUCGGCAGCACUAACUGCACUAACCUGCCGUAGUGUAAGCCUAACCAGCUACACGUGUCACCUUAGUCUUUGUUCCAGAAGAGCUCUGCAGGCUCCGAAACCAUUCCAAUUCCUUACAACGCAACUCCGACCCGCACCUGCCCCAAGCCAUGUCACUUGUAGGAAGAGGGUUAUGAUUUUUGACAGCACGGUCUUCUCUGCAUGGCGGACAGACCAGUUACUUAAAGCAGAUCGGGUGUAAGUGACUUCGCGAUGAGGAAAGGCCCAUCCAGGUUUCCUUCCUUUCCCAAGCCCGUCUUUCUAACACUCCCCUUGGGAAAAGCUGGCAUCCAUGCCAACUGCUGCCUUGCCACUGUUGAUUAGGCUCAUGGGACAUGAAGGAGGGAGGGGAUCGAGACCUUGCCGGGUAAGUUGUCAUGUGUUGGUAGUGACUAUGUUGUUUGUUUCUUUUCUUUUUCUUUUUGUACAAAAAUAAAGAUGGAAGAACUGAUUUGGAGAAUUGUUGGGGACUCACAGUCGUAGGGGAUUGUAAACUUCAGGGAGCUGCAGGUGGACUGAAUAAAGGUUCUGAAAUGUCUAUCACA